UUGCAGUGUUGGUCAUUAGGCAGCAAGAAGUUCCUUGUCAGUGCGAGAGCAGGUAGGAGCAGGGCAAGCUCCCAGCUGGAAAAUCUGAGCAGUGCAGCACCGCCAGUGAGAUGAUCCUGAAGAACUGUGUGGGUUUGAUAACGGGCGCGUCACAGGGGCUGGGAAAGGCGUUCGCUGAAUCUCUCUUAAAGAAAGGCGCACAGGUGGUUAUAUGCGAUAUCAACCAGGCACAAGGUGAAAUUACUAAAGCAGAGUUUGACUUGAGAUAUGGACCUGGAAGAACUGCCCUUAUCACCUGCGAUGUCACAUCAUUGCCCCAGCUGAAAGAUGUUUUUAGUGAAACGGUGCAGACGUUUGGAAGACUAGAUGUACUGUGCAAUAAUGCUGGAAUAAACAAUGAAAAUUCCUGGGAAAGGACCAUUUCUGUCAACCUGGUGGCAUUGAUACAAGCAAGUUACCUGGCUUUGGACCAUAUGAGGUGUGACCGUGGUGGGAAAGGUGGGAGUAUUAUCAACGUGGCUUCCAUGUCAGGUUUUAUACCAGCAGCACAUGCUCCAGUCUACACAGCUUCAAAGCAUGGAGUGCUUGGUUUUACCAGAUCUCUUGCAGAAGCUUCCAGCUUUGGAAAUUAUGGGGUACGAAUAAAUGCACUGUGCCCAAGCUUUGUCAACACUGAAAUUCUUGAGACUGUAAACCAUGAAGAAAAUCUCGGAAUUUUUUAUCAGUUCAAGGACAAUGCCAAGAAUUUAAUGCAGGUCUUUGGAGUGCUGGACAUCUCAAACAACACUUAGCAAUAAAGUAUAUUGGAGAAACAUCAUUCUUCGAGAUCUCAAAGAAGUCAACCAGCUUUGCUGCUGAUGAGGAUACAAGACAUUUAAACAGCCUUAGUCUCAAAUUAAAUUGAACACCUCAAGGAGACUACCUACCUUUUGAUCAGUAUAUUCUGAUCUUCCUUUUUGUGCUAGAUGCUCUCCCAUUUAAAUUAUACAUGUAUGUUUGCAUUCAUAUGCUUUUAUUGUGUACUAUCACUUUUCACUGGGCUAGUAAAUAAUAAAAUCUCUUUUCCAUUCACUCAAGAAACCUUGCAAUUGGCUUCUUCAGUUUAAACCAGCAAGCUACAUUGCGAUAUUAGUCUUGGGCUAAAAAAGAAAUAAAAUCCUCGUCAUGGCUAACAAAGUAACUGUAAUCACAAGCUUAAAAAGGAAUGUAUCUGUGGAUUAUUUUUAAAACAUUAUUUUCUACCGAACUACUCUUUCCUCCCAUCUCUGUUCUUGUUUUGUUUUUUUCCAAUCUUCCAGCAUUUGUUGCAAUUCUCAUAUCCCAAGAACAUGGUAUCAAGACUUUGGUUUUGGGCCCACAUGAACAAUAUUGACCUCUCAGGGCUUGACUUCACGUCCUGUCUGUUGUUUUACUUUCAGCCAAUUGAGGCCUAAGGAUUGACAUGACUCCUGACUACUACAGUGAGGUGAAGUUAACACUUCAGCCUGAUCAGACCUGCUGCGGGGAAUUUGUUCUACGACGUUCAAAAUGUUAAGAAAACUAAGAUGAAACAAGUCUUUUUUUGUAUUAGAUCUAAUAUCAUAGAAAUCUUAGAAUAAUAAUGAUGAAAAAUACACUGAGAAAUAAAAGGAGAGGUGGUGUCAUGGUAA